GCGUAGAAAAUACAGCGAGUCGCGCGCGUGUUGUGUUUUGUGAUUGGUUUGUUACUGUAUUGACAUGGCAGCCGGGUUCGUCGGCUCCACCAAAAACUUCCCGUUCUCUUUCGAUGUGGAUGUUGACGAGGAUGACACUUCGCAGGAGUCAGCGCUCAGCAAGCGAAUAGGCAGCGAGAGUCCCACAAGUGCAGUGGGCGCGGAAGCCCCCCGGGAACUCCCCAACGAACUGUCGGCGCCCUACGAAGUGCCGCAGUUCCCCAUCGAGCAGAUAGAGAAGAAGCUCCUCAUCCAGAGACAGCUGAAUGUCAAAGCUGCAGAAUGCAGUCAAUCCGCGCGGUCCUUCGCGGGCAGCGAGGCCGGUGGUGCAGCAUCCGUGUUUGAGGAGGCAGCGCGGCUGCGACCUGAUGAUGACGACAUGGACAUCAUUCUGCCGCACUUCCAGCGAGUGGCUAUCAGCGGGGAGGACACUUCGGGGGUACCACUUGAAGAUCUGCAGCAGGCGUCAUCCUACUUAGUGCAGGCGCUGGAAAUCCGCAAGAGAUACAUGAAGAUGUCCAGCCAGAAUUUCGAGAACAUUACCGCCAGGUUCCUGAGGACUAUGGAUCCGGACAACGCUAAUAAUCAUACUCCCUGUGUGAGCGUUCCCAAUAAUCACAUUGCUGACCACAUAGUCCACCCGCCAUUCAAAGACAAGGACCCGUGGGAAUGCCACAUGCCGGAGCCCAAGGACUACACCAUCCGCGCAGACCGCGGCGUGUUCAACGUGUACCGGGACGCCGCCUGCAGCCAGUGCGUGCCUUAUCCCUACGUUACGCUGCCGGAGUACAUCCAGGACAUGAAUGUCAUGUGCACCAUGAUCGCCGACGGACCGCUGAAGUCGUUCUGCUACCGCCGGCUCAGCUACCUGUCUUCGAAGUUCCAGCUGCACGUUUUGCUCAACGAGUUGCGAGAGCUAGCCUCGCAGAAGGCUGUGCCUCAUAGAGACUUCUACAAUAUUAGGAAAGUGGACACUCACAUCCACGCCGCGUCGUGUAUGAACCAGAAGCAUUUACUGCGAUUUAUCAAGAAAACAUUGAAAAAUCACGCUGACGAGGUGGUGACCCUGCACAAAGGGACCCCGAUGACGCUGAAGGCUGUGUUCCAGUCCAUGAACUUGAGCACGUACGACCUCACUGUCGACAUGCUGGAUGUGCACGCGGACCGCAACACGUUUCAUCGUUUCGACAAAUUCAACGCCAAAUACAAUCCAAUCGGCGAGAGCAGGCUCCGGGAGGUGUUUCUGAAGACUGACAACUACAUGAACGGAAAAUAUUUCGCUAGGAUUAUUAAGGAAGUAGCAUCGGAUCUAGAGGAGAGUAAAUACCAGAACGCAGAGCUACGGCUGUCCAUCUACGGCAAGAGUCCGACCGAGUGGGCCAAACUCGCCAAGUGGGCCAUCCAGUAUGACGUGCACUCCAACAACGUGCGCUGGCUCAUACAGAUACCGCGACUUUAUGAUAUCUUCAAAUCGAACAAAAUCAUGAACAACUUCCAGGAGUUCCUCAGCAACAUUUUCCUGCCCUUAUUCGAGGUCACUAAAGAUCCCAAUAGCAAUCUAGAGCUGCAUAAGUUUCUUACUCACGUGAUAGGGUUCGACAGUGUGGAUGACGAAUCAAAACCGGAAAACCCGAUACUGGAUCCCGAGGUGCGCGCGCCGCCCCAGUGGGAUGACGAAGAGAACCCGCCGUACGCUUACUACUUGUACUACAUGUAUGCCAACAUGACAGUCCUCAACCACUUUAGGAAGGAACAGGGCCUUAACACAUUCGUGCUUCGUCCCCACUGCGGCGAGGCGGGUCCGGUACAACAUCUGGUGUGCGGGUUCAUGUUAGCAGAGAACAUUUCCCACGGAUUACUGCUCAGGAAGGUUCCAGUUCUCCAAUACCUGUACUACCUCGCACAAAUAUAUAUUGCCAUGUCGCCGCUCAGCAACAACUCACUGUUCCUAAACUACCAUCGCAAUCCGCUGCCCGAGUUCCUGGCGCGAGGACUGUGCAUCACCCUCAGUACGGACGAUCCGCUGCAAUUCCACUUCACUAAGGAACCAUUGAUGGAAGAGUACAGCAUUGCAGCUCAGGUUUGGAAGCUGAGUUCAUGCGACAUGUGUGAGUUGGCCCGUAAUUCUGUGCUUAUGUCGGGUUUCCCACACGAGAUGAAACAAUAUUGGCACGGCUCUAACUACAUGAAGGAGGGUGUUGCCGGUAAUGAUAUAACUCGUACAAACGUGCCUGAUAUUCGUAUCUCGUUCCGUUACGAGACAUUACUGGAUGAACUUACGAAUAUAUUCAAGGAUGGAAUGUCGGCUUGCAGAUAAACAUCCCCAACAGAACAGUGGAUGCUCCAAUUGUAUAAAAAAUUACAUUGACAACACGAUCUUAAGCGUCCUGAUCGUUGACCUCAUAUUGACUAUACUAAACGUAACUCUCAAAAUGUUGACUUCUGCUCCUUUGAUCUUAAUAUAUAUCAUGAUUGUAGCUUGCAAUUGCCCCAAAUGUGUCUUUUUAAUGUGAUAAGUAUAACAUUUAAUGUGGAUUGAUUGUGCGGUUUUUUUGCUUUUGGAAAUUACUUUAUAAAUGUUGUUUGAUAAAUCGUUUUUACACACUUUUUUUUUAUAAAUUAAAUUAUAACCAAUUUAUUAUAAUUUUUUAUUUGAAUCAUUUUUAAGUAUAUGAACAUUUCAAAAAUGUACAAAUUAUAACGUCUUAAAAGGGUUCUUUUUGAUUAAGUUGUCUUUUGUGUUUAUAUUUAUAUAUCAUUUGUAAGAAUUUUCUCUUAGUAACUAAGUGCCUCCAAAUGCGAAUAUAAUAUUAGGUGCUUAUUGAAGUUAACUUCUAACGUUAUUAUUUUACAUUAUUAAUAGUACGGAUGCCUACAAUACUAAUUUAUAUACAUGAAGCCAUUCAUCUAUUCAAUUGCAUUGGGAUCUUUGGAUUCAAGUAUAAAAUAUUAAAAUAUCGUAGGAACCCUUAAUAUUAAAAAUGUCUACGAUCCGCGAUAAUAAUUUUUUUUAAUAAUCAUAUUUGUCUGAAUUAUGAUGUUAAAAACGAAUUUAAUAUUAGAUGAUGUUUGGAUGAAUACCAUGAACGUUUAAUGUGCAUUGUACGCACGAUUAUUUCUUAGUAUGUUUAACAUAUAACAUGCUUUUAUUUGUAUUUAUAAUUAGGAUUUAUUUCCUAGAAGUUUACAUAUAUUGUAAUGAUCUUAGUUUUGCAUCCGAUCUGUAAAUGAGAGUAUGACUAACCCUUAUGUAUGACUUUUUUGUUGUCGAAAAGGUCUUCAAGUCUCUUGAUCUGAAUGGUUUAAUUUUUUUUUAAUUUUGUGAUCCACUCGAAGUAAAUAAGUGAUAAUUUAAGAUAACUUCUAGAAAAUACUUCUUUUGUGUUUGAUGUUGUUUAUACCAUUAGUAACUUGUUAUAAAAUGUUUUUACCGUGUGAUUGUUGACUUUCUGUGUUUUUGCUUCAAUCAUUAUGACUAAAUCUAUUAGUUAUUCUUUUAAUCUUUAACGUGUUUUCCUUGAGGUAAAUGUUGAGCACAAGGUAUUGCUUCUAUACAUAGAAAAAACAUUAUUUGGUAACAGUUCUAUUAAAACUGUAGUAAAUUGGAUAUCGACAGGCAUUAAACAGAUGCGUAUUAUCAAUUUAUAUAAGCAAAUAUGCAUUCUUUACAGUUUACAGUACUGGGUUGAUUAGCCAAUAAAAGUAACCUGGAUUUUUCCUCAGCAUUCACCUCAAAGCUAAAAUGUAGACGUUAGUUCGAUGUAGUGCAGUAAUCAUGUCUCUACUCUUCUGUUAAAAUAUGGUGUCUUACCCAAUAUUCAUCUAUGAAUUUUUUAUUACAGUUUGGUAUCCCCAUGGUACAUAUUAGAUACAUAAUAUUAUAACAUUUCUAUCUGAUACGUUAAAGUAUAAUUUUUAUACGCUAUAUUUAUAAUGAUAAAAAGUUAAAAAUAAACGUGCUCCUUGGA